UACAUCUCAAGUCCUUAUCUCAUUUCUUCUCGAGUAUAAUUGAGAAAAGAUAAGUAUACGCACAAAUGAAAAGUCUCGAAUGAAGCAAUACACAUAUGCUAAUUUGCCUACAAACAAUCAAAGAGAAAUUAAUAAUUGUUUAGGACUUUUGCUCUUCCCAUUUCAGCCAUCUGAUCAAGAAUCUUCAAGAUCUAAACGCCUCUCUCAUCUCACAAGCAGGAAAAAAGUGGAUCCAGAAUACAAUCCUUUCUCAGAGGAGUCGAAGAAAUGUAGCUUCAUUCUCAUAUUCACAUCUUGCAGUUGCUUUAUCUUUGUCCUGGCGGUGCUGAUUAAAAAAGCAUCUCUUCAGACCUCAGUCAAUGAAGUUAUUGGUGGUUCUGUGGUCCUGCAGUUUUCUUCCACUAAACACUUUCUUCAACUUCAAGACAGUAACAUCCACUGGAGACAUAAUGAUUGUGAGAUUGUGUGGGACAUUAUUAAAGGUGUAGAUUCGGUACAAGAUCAGAACCAGCGCUACAAGAACAGAGUUGAGUCCUUCCCUGAUCAAUACAACUCAGGAAACGGCUCGAUCAAAAUCAACAAGCUUCAGUACAGUGAUGCAGGAAUAUACACCUGCUUCAUCACAUGCACCAAUUAUUCGAUUAUAGAGACUGUCCAGUUGACUGUCAAUGAAUCAAGAUCCAAUCCACCAGAAAACCAAGUAAAAGACACAGGAGAAGAGAGUGCAGGGAAAGCAUCGCUUAACUUUGUGUUAGCUGUACUACUGUUAAUUUUAGUGCUUGUUUAAUCAUAAUUUGCUAUAGAUAAAGAAUCUUAUCUGCUUCAUUCUCUUCAGUGACUGUCUGAUGAAAAGCCGUGUGCCUCGAAACGUUGCACACUUUAUGUCAGCCUUUUGCAGAAGAUUACUUAUUCAUUUUGGCCUAAUGCAAAAGAUUACUUAGUUUUUUAUAUAUAUAUUUGCGGUGCUUUUUCUGUGUGUAUGUCUUGCAGUAAUGUCCUUUCGCAAAUUAAGUCUGUACUACAGCAAAUCUGUGUCUGUAUUUAAUUUUUUUACAUAAACUACAUUUUAUAAAGCUAUUCUGAUAUGGUCAUCAAUUAUUUUGUAUUGAAUUUCUGCAGCAAAAGAAACAAAAUGCAUGCAUUUACUAAAUCCAACAAAACAAAAAUGUAGAGAGGCUUCAAAUAUAAGGGCAGGCCUGACACAUAAAAUAAUGCAGUUUCUGUUAUUUUAGCUGAUGAUAGUGUUUUUUGUCAAUGUGUUAUGGUUGACUAAAUGUUCCUGUUGGAAGAGAACAUGUGUUGAUGUUUUGAAUAAUUAUUUGAUUUUAAAUCAUGUUUAAAGUGUUUUGUUAGACAUAGUGUAUUGUGUUAGUUUAUUAUUGUAUUCUGAAAAUUAGUGUUGGGGUUUAGUUUAUAAUGUGUGAUUGUUACAAGGAUGCCAAUUGUGUGUUUUAGGUGUGUUGGUGCGUUAAGUGUUUGGGAAACUUGUUAAAUGUAUUGAAAAAACUGUC